AUGAGGAUAAUUUUUUCCCGGUUACAUCACGUGAUUUUACUUUUACAGGCUCUGUCCGUGGACGCAGCUCCCACCAUCCCAAAGGUAAUGUUCCACAGAGAUUCCGGAGAAGACAAAGAUGAAGAAAUAUUUACGAACUGGAAAGCGAGGCGAGUGUCCAUUGCCAAGUCAUCCGAAGAUGGUUCAAAGGCCACGGCGCAGUCGCAAGGUGCAAUCCCGGAUAGGAUGCACAGGCGGAGAUCCACAUUUAAAGGAGUGGCGAAUUCAAUCACCUCUAUGUUAGCCAUGCGGAAAAUGAGCAAGUUCGGACUGAGCAUCAGCAAUCCAGAGGAUCUUAAACCGAAAGUUCGAUACGAAAACACGUAUAAAAUGAAACCAGACUCCGGCAAGGCCGUGAAUACGAACAAAAUUGAGACUGUAGUGAAGUCGAUAUUAAAUCGCUUCUUAGAAAAGGAGAAAUAUUCCGCCUCAACAUGUAGUAAAUUAGCAUGUGACCUGUCGAUUCUAAUAAAGAAUGGAGUGAAAGAACUGGGCUUCCCGCGCUACAAGAUUAUCUGUAACGUCAUCAUCAGUCAGCUGGGAUGUCAGAGCAUGCAAACGGCAAGCAGGUGUCUGUGGGACGCCAGCACGGAUAACUUUAGUCACGUGACCUACAACAAUUCCUCUCUGUGUGCGGUGGUCACUGUGCAUUGUGUGUAUUAUGAAUAAAAUAAGAAGAAUGAAACUAGACUUCUCUCUACAUACACACACACCCGGGAUACUCAGAAUCCAUCACUAUAUUGUAAUAUGCAAUUUUGAAAAUAUAACCUUUUGUAAUGAAUCACAAAUCAAUAA